GCCGGAGCGCCGGGUAGGGAGUGACACAUGGGAAGCCAAAUUAUCAGAAAAUCGUUUGGAGAGCAUGGAGUCAGAACAUGGGGACAUUAUCUAAAGGAAUUGCUACAUGAAGAGACAAAUACGCAGGGUUUUGGUAAAGACACCUUCUUCAUGGUUGAAUGGGUUCUGCGAAUGUUUACCUUAAUUAUUAUUAAGUGUACUUGAUCAGUUUAUACUCAAGAGGUUAGUCUUUAUCUCAGAGACAGUGAGAAGUCACAGAAGGAUUUUUGGCAGGGUUUGGGUAUAAUCAGAUCUGUGUUUUUGAAAGAUGACAUGUGAUGGUGUAGAAAUUCCAUUAGAUGUAAUAGAAGCUAGAACCACAGGACAAUUAUGAAUCAGUUCUGGUGGUCUAGUUGAUGACUAGUGAUGGAUAAAUAGGGACAAAGAAGAAAGAAUCGAAAUCUAGUAGGGAUUCAUUAGACCACCUCACUCCUACUCAGAUUCCCAAUGUGUGGCUCAUCUGAUUUUUCUACAACAAAUAUUUUAUUUACUUCAUAUAUCAAUAAAUGUUUCUUAAGAGUUUAGAUUUAUUCAAAAUGCACAGUGUCUAUGCACUUGACAGUGUCUUAAAAGUUUUCCCUUUAGGCAUGUGACUUUCAUUUAUUGCAAAAAUACCAGUAUGAGUAAAUUCACAUUAGUUUAAACAGAAGAAGGUUUACCCAGGAAUGGGGCAAGCAGUGUCACUGCAAUUCUUUAAAAUACAAAAGAAAAGAAAAGGGUAUUUUGUGUUCAAAGAAACAGGUGCACAGUAUCAUGCAAAAUAAAAGAGUUACUCCAUGAGUACUUACUAGGAUGUUUUAGGUUGUUUUUGAAACUUAAUAGAAUUCUCAUUUGAGGAGUUCCCAUUGUGGUUCAGAGGGUUAAGAGCCGACCAGUAUCCCUGAGGCUACAGGUUCAAUCCCUGGCCUCGAUCAACGGGUGCCUUGCCUUGAGCUGCAGUGUAGAUCUCAGACACAGCUCGGAUCUGGCUUGGUUGUGGCUGUGGUGUAGGCCAGCAGCUGUAGCUCCAAUUUGACCCUUUGCCUGGGAACUUCUGUAUGCCACAGGUGCAGCCCUAAAAAGAACAACAACAACAACAAAAAAAAGGAAUUUUCAUUUGAGAAGGAAAAAAAAAAAAAAAAAAAAACUCUUGGAAUAACUCAAGUACUGUUCUUGUAUUAAACAUCUUAAAAAGUUGAAUAAAUGACAAGCUACUUACACUGAUAAUAAGUCCACUCUUUAGGUGCAAUUGACACAAUGUUGGAGGGGAGUAAGGAGUAACUUUUAAGAGCCUAAGGAGUAAUUUUUAACAGCUGUUUACACCACCGUCCUCUUUCAAGGAAAAUUUCAUUCAGAUACAGUAUAAACAGGUGUGACAACACAGAUUUAUUUUUGGAAGGAAAAUCCAGGUUUUCUUAAUUGUUUGAAUUUUCUCAAAUUCAUCCUUUUUACAUUUCUGUUCUUUAGGUCUGCCAAAAUGUCUGAAAGAUCAGAUCUCCUUCACUUCAAGUUUGAAAAUUAUGGAGAUUCAAUGUUACAAAAAAUGAACAAGUUAAGAGAAGAGAAUAAAUUUUGUGAUGUUACAGUUCUCAUAGAUGAUAUUGAGGUACAGGGGCAUAAAAUUGUGUUUGCUGCAGGUUCCCCCUUCUUAAGAGACCAGUUUUUACUGAACGAUUCCAGAGAGGUGAAAAUCUCCAUAUUGCAGAGUUCCGAAGUGGGGAGACAAUUGCUCCUAUCCUGUUAUAGUGGUGUGCUGGAAUUCCCUGAGAUGGAGCUGGUUAAUUACUUGACUGCUGCGAGCUUUCUUCAGAUGAGCCACAUUGUAGAACGGUGCACGCAGGCCUUGUGGAAGUUUAUAAAGCCAAAACAACCAAUGGAUAGUAAAGAGGGAUGUGAACCGCAGAGUGCUUCUCCCCAGUCAAAAGAACACCAGGGAGAUGCCAGAGGCUCCCCAAAGCAGAACUCACCUUGUAUUCAUCCAUCUGAAGACAGUAUGGAUAUGGAGGACAGUGAUAUUCAGAUUGUUAAGGUAGAAUCUAUUGGGGAUGUAUCAGAGGUUAGAAGUAAAAAAGAUCAGAACCAGUUUAUUUCCUCUGAACCCACUGCUUUACAUUCAUCAGAGCCCCAGCACUCCCUGAUAAAUUCAACUGUGGAAAACAGAGUAAGUGAAAUAGAACAAAACCAUCUCCACAAUUACGCCCUCUCUUACACAGGCAGUGAUAUCAUCAUGGCCUCAAAAGAUGUCUUUGGGCCUAAUAUUCGAGGUGUAGACAAAGGCCUACAGUGGCACCACCAAUGCCCAAAGUGUACCAGGGUGUUUCGUCACCUGGAGAACUACGCCAACCACUUAAAAAUGCACAAACUCUUUAUGUGUCUACUCUGCGGCAAGACUUUUACUCAGAAAGGCAACCUUCAUCGACACAUGCGUGUGCAUGCCGGCAUUAAACCUUUCCAGUGUAAGAUCUGUGGGAAAACCUUUUCUCAGAAGUGUUCCUUACAGGAUCAUCUUAACCUUCACAGUGGAGAUAAGCCCCAUAAAUGUAACUAUUGUGACAUGGUUUUUGCACAUAAGCCAGUUUUGAGGAAACACCUUAAACAGCUACAUGGCAAAAACAGCUUUGAUAAUGCCAAUGAAAGAAAUGUGCAAGACCUCACAGUGGAUUUUGAUUCUUUUGCAUGUACAACAGUCACAGACUCUAAAGGGUGUCAGCCACAGCCUGAUGCAACACAGGUCAUGGAUGCAGGUAAACUGGCCCAAGCUGUCCUGAACUUAAGGAAUGAUAGUACUUGUGUGAAUUGAGCAGGGGCUUUAUGCUCACAACUAGAACUGACUGCAAAAGUGGCAACAGUCUGAGUCUUUUUAGGAGUGAUUUUGCUAACUUGACUUCUCCAAAGCCUCUGUGCAGGUUGUAGGGGUAAGUCAAAGCACUAACAGACCAGGCAACUUGCCACUCGGAGUGGUCUUGCCUUCCUUUUGCCCUCUCCCAUGUUCUGUUUUGAAUUAUUUAUCCUGUGAUACCUGUUUUCCUUUCCCAAGGAGUGUUCCAUUAGUCUACCUAACAUUGACUUAUGUCUUAGAAUGACAAUAUUUUAGGUUUUUCACUGGGCACAUUCUGAAGGUACCAACAUGUUAAUAACAUCACCUCCACUCCACUAAUAGAUGCCAUGCUAAGAAAAGCGAAUCAUAUUUUUCUUUGGCAGAACAUAAGCUGAGAUAUAAGGUGAUAUUGCUAUUGGCCUGAAUAUGUGAUAGAACCUCCAGUUGCCUACUGAUAAUUCAUCUAUGUCUGAUAAAUGAAUGAAUCUGCUUCCUACAAUUUGACAGGAAUCACCAUGGGGAGCAUAAUCAACAAAGGAUUGUUGUAGGUCUUCCCAAAAAGAAGCCAAUGCUUUUAAUUAAUAUGCAAUUUACUUGUUGAUGCUUUCGAAGUCUGGAUUGCUCCAGGCACACUUAAAGUGUGCUGAAGUAUAAUGGUCUCUCUAAAAAGGGGCUAUUUGGGAGUUAGUCUCUGGACUUUGUUUUAGAAGUUAGCCAUCGGUAAGGUGAGUCUGGGCCUUCAGUUUUGUCCAGUGUAUAGUAAUAGCCUCUGAAUUGUCAUUUCCUUGUGUACCUUAACUUCUAAAGUGGAUGAAAAAAGUGGGUCACAGAAGGAGCAAUCAGGUUUUUGCAUUUAGAUAUUCCUAUAAAGGUACAUAGUCCCACCUGUCAUGUUUGAUAGAUUGGUAAUACAAAGUUGAUCUUCUGCUAUGGGAAAACAAAACAACUGUUUUUCAUAAAGGACAUGUUACAGUUCAGAAAUAAAACUUUGAAUCUUAUUAGUUUCUGACCCAUGAGUUAGAUUUAGGUAAUAGGAGUGUUUGAGUCCAUAGAGAAUCUUAAGAGAUCAUUUAGUCCACCUCUCUUUUUUAGUUGGGGUAUUCAAAGCCCAAAGAGGUGGCCUGGCCAAGGUUGGCCCAAGUAGAUAAGUAACUAAAUAUGAGCUAACGUCUCCUCACUUCAUGCUGUCCCUUGGCUUAAAAAGAUUUAGUACAUGAUCAAGAAUACCUUAGCAAAAAGCUUCUAGUUUGUGUUUUCCCUCUGUGAAUCUGUUUGCUUUGUGAGACAGCCUGGGUUUUGCAAACAAAACAUCACAGAGAGAUUUAUUUUUAUAAGUUAGUUAUUUGUUGGUUAGGAUGAAUAUUGUAUUCUUCCUAAGCAAAUGGCUGAUUUGCUGGGUGUUGGUUAGGAAGGGGAAGAACAAGUAGGAAUAAUUUGAGAAGGAUCCAAAUGUGAAACUGAUUUUGCCUGGAAACAGUGUUUGUUUCCAUCAGGAUCUUCUGUUUUUGUUUCCAAGCUAUGAGAGUCCACGUAUGGAUACACCAAAAAUUAGGUUUAACUUGAAUAGUCAGAAGGAGUUCUUGAAGUUGUUCUAAUUUGAUGCAUUUACAUGUGAAUCUGAUUUGAAGUAUAAUUUCUAGCUUUCGUUAAAAAAUUUAAAAUGAGAAUAAAAUUGAGUGAUUAGACUGUUAGGUAUUUUAAGCCUAAUGUCACUCAUUCUGUGGUCUAAUGAUGCUGCCUAGCAUUCUGGUGUUUAUAUCAUCCAGCCAAAGAGUUCCAAUUCUAUGCAACAGUGAGACACUAACAUGUUAACCAAUGUUUCAGUAUUUUCUCUGAACAUCAUUUUAUCACAGGGAAAUUUCAAGUUGGAGUGCUUCCUUUGCUUACAUUCAUGUCCUGUUUUUGUUAUUUGUUGAAGGCAUGGGUUCUAAUAAGAUUGGUCUCUUUGGUUGGAGACUAUUUCUGGAUUCAUUCAGGCAUUCAAGAAGCAUUUAUUGAGUACCUACUGUUGACAGGCAUUAUGCUAGAUACUGAGGAUAGGAAGGUAAGACUGCCAUGGUCUCUGCCCUCACAGAGCUUACAGUCUCAAGUAGUCUUAGUAAGAUAAGGUGUCCAUUUGAUUUUAUCUCAGAAAUAAUAAAACUGCCUUGCUUUCUUUGAUCGCUUAAAAUCAGCAUCUUGAUGGUUUUGUAUCAGCAAAACUUCUAGUUCUCACCUUUUGCAACUCGAACCACUGAAGUGGUUUACAGUCUCCCCAACUUCUUGGCUGGAGAGGUGUUGUGUUUCUGUGAGACAGUUUCUUAAUUUGGGUGGUACUUGACUUUUCGCCUUUGUUUAUACAUGUUUCUUAGAUUGUAUUGCAAAGUGGUCAAGUUACUGAUAUCAAAUACGUUUUACAGGGAAGAUGACUUUCAAAACUAGUCAUAUUCUUGUAGAGGAGGAAGAUUUUUUAAAACCUUAGACAUCCAACAUUUGUAUUUUAGGGAUCCCCAGGAUAACUAAAAAGGAGACAGGGCUCUCUUUACCACAGUUUGGUUUUGAAAAAAUUACUGUGUCACGGUUAUUUAUUUAUUAUUUAAUUUUAAAGGCAAACUCCAAACUGAAGUGGCUCUGAGGUAAAUCAGAUGUGGUUUUAAAUUGUUUUAGUUUCCUUAUUAGAAGAGUCUAUAUAUGGAGAGUGACCAGUGUCACUACUUCUAAAAUACUGUCCUAAACAAACAACCCAGAACAUUUUAUUUCAGCUGGUGAAUAGCUGUUCUAAGUCUGUUGUAUGUUAGACAUACUGUGAACUACCUCUUCACUUACUAUGGGGAAGUUUCCUUAAUAAAAGUGUGACAAUUAAA